CUUCCAGAUCCUCUGAGCAGGAAAUCUAGUUUGAUUUUGAAGUCCCCAAGUAUUUACCAGAAUCAUGGGAAAUUGCUUCUCCAUACAAUUUAGUUUCGAGAAUAUCCUCAUCCGAGGUUGGGAUUCCACUGUCGGACAGGCUAAUUACGUGUGCAAGCUUAAAGAAAAUCUUCCUACCUUAUCUGCUGCUCUUAAUGAACUGAAGGUACGAAGGGAUGACGUGCAAUGGAAAGUUGAUCUGGAAGAACAACGGCUACUGAAGCGACUCCAUGAAGUUGAUCUAUGGCUUUCACAGGCGGCAACCAUGAUAACAGAGGCGGGAAAUUUGAUUGAAGAUGGCCCUCAACAAAUAAAUAACUUGUGUCUCGGCGGCUGCGUUUCCAAGAAUUGCCUGUCUGCCCACAAGUUUGGGAAAGAGGUGGGCAAAAUGCUUGAAGAUAUAAAGGAUCACACUAGUAAAGGAGUUUUUGACAAGGUAGCAGAGACUCAGCCCCAACCUUCAGUGGUAGUUAGACCUGAGGAGCGACCAGUUGCUCUUGAAUCCACAUUCGACAAGGUAUGGAGCUGCAUCCUGGACAAAGAUGUGGGGAUCAUUGGCCUCUACGGCAUAGGAGGCGUUGGAAAGACAACACUCUUGACCCAAAUCAACAACAAGUUCAGCACAACACCUAAUGAUUUUGAUGUCGUAAUUUGGGCGUUGGUGUCUAAAGAUAGCAAUGUUGAAAAGAUUCAAGAUGAGAUUGGUGCAAACAUUGGUUUUUCCAACGAGUCCUGGAAGAAUAAAAGGGUUGAUCAGAAAGCCGUAGAAAUCAACGGGGUCUUGCGCAACAAGAGAUUUGUUGUGUUACUGGAUGAUUUAUGGAAGAGGGUAGACUUGAACAAAGUUGGGAUUCCAGAACCAAGCCAAGAAAACGGUUCUAAACUUAUCUUCACUACUCGAUCUUUGGAGGUUUGUGGUGAAAUGGAAGCUCGAAAUAAAAUUAAAGUGGAGUGUCUGAAACUGGAAGAGGCUUGGAAAUUAUUCCAAGAAAAGGUUGGGGAUGAAACUCUCCACAGCCAUCCAGAUAUUCCAAAAUUAGCUAAACAAGUAGCCGAAGAGUGUUGUGGGUUGCCUCUUGCACUGGUUACGAUCGGUCGUGCCAUGGCUUGCAAGACGACACCUGGGGACUGGAAUUAUGCAAUCCAGAAGUUAAAGCAAUCCACCUUACCCAAAAUGGAAAAUGAGGUAUAUCCGCUUUUGAAAUUCAGUUACGAUAAUUUGCCUCCCAUAAUGAAAUGGUGUCUCCUAUACUGUUGUCUGUAUCCUGAAGAUUAUAAUAUUCCCAAAAGUAGAUUAGUGGAGUAUUGGUUUUGUGAAGGGUUGUUGAAUGAAUUUGAUAGAAUUAGUGAAGCUCAAAUGCAAGGAGACCACAUUAUCAACUCUCUUAUCUAUGCAUGUUUAUUGGAAAGAGCACAAGAAUCAUUUGAUGGGGAAGAGUAUGUGAAGAUGCAUGAUGUGAUCCGAGACAUGUGUUUGUGGAUAACAGGCGAGCUUGAAGAGAAAGAGCAGAGUUUUUUUGUAAAAUCAGGGGCUCAAUUACUAGAGGAGCCAGAUGUUAAGGCAUGGGAAGCUGCAAAAAAGAAUGUCGAUGAUGCAUAAUAAGAUUAAAGUUCUGAGAGGAACCCCUAAAUGCCCUAGCCUUCAAACUUUGUUUCUUAGCCAAAAUAAGCUGCAGGUGAUC